AUGGCUCAACAUAACCUUAUUGGGGCUUUCAAAAACUUGGUAGAAACUAUUGCAGUCUCAUAUGCUGAUCUGUUGGGAGCACAGCUUAUUGAUGAUGAACAUCGUGAACGGUGUUUACGAGUAUGUAACGAGACCAUUGAAUACUUCAACACAAUAUUACUGGAUCCUGGAACAACAAUUCAAGUGAGACGAAGUGUUCAAGCACACAUCAACCAACUUAACUGGUUUGCCGAUCAGUUCUCCAGACUCCGUAACUAA